AUGUGCUGGCUGAGGGGGUGGAGUCAGAUCCUUCUGCCCCUGUUCCUCUCCCUAGCUCUCAUCCAGCUAAUUAUCAACUUCUCUGACCAUAAGACUAAAACCCACUAUCACUGGAAGCGGAAAAUCGAAGCAAAAUAUGUCGAACAGGAAUGUGCUCAAAAGCAAACGUGUCCAUUGUGUACUCAAGAUAAGAGAUGUAUUUGGUGCCGAGAAGAAAGGGUUUGCAAAAAGUACUGUUUUCCAUAUUCUGACUGUAAAUUCAAUUCUAUAUUUUGGGCAAACUGUAAUGUUGACCUGUUUGGACUCGUGAUGCUGAUACUGAUUGUAGUGUUAAUAAUAGCAUUUGUCUGGUAUUGCCUCGUCUAUUACUUUUAUAUGCAAGAGUAUAUGGCCUUUUAUUAUGCAAGAGGUGGACAACUUCCUGGUUACAACAGGAAUGCUACUGGCAAGUGCUUUUAUCCUUUCCAUAGGUUCCCCUAG